AGUACUGGCUGUUUGCAGUGUUUGUCACAGGUUACAUCAUUAUUUAUGCCAAUGUUAAUCAUCUGGCCAUUCUUCCCAUUCUAUAGCAGAUAGAUGUUUUUUCUUUCUUUACCAGGAAUAUCAGUGGCUAUAAAGUAUACUCUAGGAUGGUGUAGAAGUUGACCAUAUAAUAACUUUGAUCGGGGGCGCAAUAAAGAAGGAGUCUGGUGGUGCGGUUGCCAUAGACAACACGAGACAACGAUGUCAUCUCUCCCCACUCCAGAUCCAGAUCUGCCAUCUCGGCUUCGUCUUCAUCACUACCUGGCCCUCUCCCAUGCCCUAAAGAACCGCUAGUAAUAGUAACUUGUCACAUCAACUCUCACUUGAUUCAAAACGACCGAAUUACUCCGCUAUCGCAUGUCAAAAUGCCCACCACACGCCGCCGUGGAGGCAACACCCAGGCGAGACUCUCAUUUGGCUCCCAGUCCAGGGUCAGCAAACCAUCUGCGGCCCAAUCGACGACAUCCCAGAAAGCCAAAAAUCUCGAACCCAUUGCCUCUACGAUCUCCCGCACCCCGUCGCUUGAAAAUGUGUCCGGAUCGGAGCCCGCGCCAGACACCCCCACCGAGCCCUCCCGGCCGCCGGUCGCGGAGUUGGCCUUGAGGCAACAAGCCCAGGCGGAAUUGCAGCAACCUCUGUCGGAGAAGGACAAGCUGGCGCUGAAGAUCACGCCGCAGCAGAUUGAACAAUACUGGAAAGCAGAGGAAAAGAAGCGACGGGGACCCCGAGUCCACCACGAGGACCUCUCCCUGCAGGAACACAUUCUCCGUCACUUUGACCUCUCUAGUCAAUUCGGGCCGUGUAUCGGAAUUACACGAUUAAAACGAUGGAGGCGGGCGGAUUCGUUGAACCUGAACCCGCCGAUCGAGGUUCUCGCUGUGUUACUCGACGAGGAGAAAGGUGUUAGCCAGAGGGCGUAUGUGGACGAACUCAUGUCCUGAGGGUCUUAUUAAUAUGGUGGCGCUGUUUCUUCAGUGGUUUGCAAUAAUUUAUUUUUGGAUUAGCAGGGCGUUAUUUGUUUGCGACGAUUCUACACUCAACCAUGAUGUACUAUACCCAGACUGGAAUGUGUUCCCAACCCAUGGUCAUCCCGAAAUCUUGACUCUCUCCCAAGUUAAUUCUAC